AUGGCGGACACAAACGUUGAAAUUGGCUCCCAGGGUAAUGAACGGCCAGACUGGCUCGUCUACCCGGCUGACUCUUAUCGCUUCCGCGAGGAAUCCGCUCCCAUCGGUCGCGGUCUGCUAUUCAAGAGUUCGGAUGAUAUAGUGCGGAAACGCAUUCGAGCUUACAACCAGAAAGGGUUGCGCAUCACGGUCUGCGGAAUUAUUCUCUGCCAUCGCAAUGGGUUCCCGCACAUCCUGCUCUUAAAAGAUUCGGAGGGUUCCUGUGGACUUCCGGGUGGCAAGUGCAACGCUUUCGAGAACCCAAAAGACGCACUGCGUCGGAAGAUGGCGCGAUUCAUUUCAGUGGCCCGGAAAGGGUCCCAUCAGCUUGACCUUCGUGCCAAUGCCGAAAAUGUCAACGUUGGCGAGUUUCUCGGCGAAUUCUGGAGACAGGACUAUGAUUCCGAGGUGCUACCCUAUCUGCCAAUUCACGUCAACCGCCCGCGGGAGAAGAUUCUGAUUUACCAGGUAGUGUGUAAGAGCAACGGCAAUUUAAAAGAUUGCAGGUGA